AUGGCACUUCUGCGAAGGCUGCCUCUGGAGUCACGGUGGAUGAUCUACGAGCAGUACACAUACUCUCCCGAUCCCUCAAACCUCUGGUACUCCAAUCACUGGAGCGGGCUCCCCAAAGGACACGGCAUCGGCUCCAAGAUCGAUGGCACAGCGAUCGUAAACCUCAUCACAGCCUUUCCAGACCUAGUUCCCGACCUUCACAACCUCAGAACUCUGGUCUUCGAAGCCGAGCACUUUCACUUGUGCAUAUCGAUACCGCACAAGCGACUGCCACAUCUCGAAUCCCUCCGGCAGCUUCUGAAGGUGCCAAAUGUUGGGCCGACACUUCAUACCGCGGUGGAUGUGACUGCCCGGGACCAGUACCAUGUACGACACUUACUCGGUGUCUUCUUGGCUACGAGACAGAGUGUGAACGUCACGAUUAUGAGCACUCUACGCUAUUGUGGAGAGACGCGUCUGCCUGCUAGGUUGAUUACUGUGGCAGAGAAUAUGAUACGGUCGCGGGGUGUAGCUUUGAGGGUGAUUGAAGAUAGCACGUGGUGUUGUCUGCAGGAAGGGACCUCCAAUUGUGAGCAUUUCGUUCCCAAGGGCUUGGUCAGGCUGCCAGAGUGCUAG